GACUGCGAGAGCUGAGCCCGGCGGAGAGAGGGAGUGAGGCAGGAGAGAGAGAGAGAGAGAGAGAGGAGAGAGCGCGGAGAGGAGGAGAGAGAGAGCGCGGAGAGGAGGAGAGAGAGAGCGCGGAGAGGAGGAGAGACGGAGCGGAGAGAAACAUCGGGAACAAAGCCAUGUGAGCAUCCAACUUCAGCUACACCGUAGAAUCGAGACCCUCUGCCAAUGAAAUUGAGAAGUGGUUGUCCCAAAAUGUCAAACGGUGUGCUUUCUGUCACCCUGUUCGUAAUAUUCCUCACACAUUCCUCAUGGAGCAGCAAGGAAUUCAUCAACUUUGCCAUCAAGGAUCGGGACUGGACGUUUAAUCACAUGGCAGUUCAUAGUAUAACAGGGAAUGUUUAUGUUGGUGCUGUCAAUCGGAUUUACAAACUCUCGAGCAACUUGACACUUUUGUUGUCACACAAAACUGGGCCAGAAGAGGACAACAAGUUGUGUUACCCUCCCCUGAUUGUACAACCUUGUAAUGAGCCCCUCACUCUGACCAACAAUGUGAACAAGUUGCUGCUCAUUGAUUACUCUGACAAUAGGUUACUGGCCUGUGGGAGUCUCUUUCAGGGAGUCUGCAAGCUCUUGCGAUUGGAUGAUCUCUUUAUCCUGGUUGAACCCUCCCAUAAGAAGGAGCACUACCUAUCCAGUGUUAACGAAACUGGCACCAUGUAUGGUGUCAUUGUCUCAUCAGAAGGCUCAGACAGCAAACUCUUCAUUGGUACAGCAGUGGAUGGCAAGCAAGACUACUUUCCAACAAUUUCAAGUCGAAAGUUGCCACAGGACCCAGAGUCUUCAGCUAUGUUUGAUUAUGUACUGCACAGUGAUUUUGUGGCUUCGCUGAUUAAAAUCCCUUCAGAUACCCUGGCCUUGGUGUCGCACUUUGAUAUAUUCUACAUCUAUGGCUUUAGCAAUGGAAAUUUUGUAUAUUUCUUAACGGUGCAACCGGAAACGGAAGGAAUUACCGGGUCAACCAGCGACCAGUUCUACACCUCCAGAAUUGUGCGGUUGUGUAAGGAAGAUGCCAAGUUCCAUUCCUACGUCUCACUCCCUGUGGGUUGUGUAAAAGAUGGGAUCGAAUACCGUCUCUUGCAGGCUGCCUAUUUGUCUAAGCCAGGAAAUGUGUUAGCAAAAUCUUUGAACAUUUCCACCACUGAUGAUGUUUUGUUCACUAUAUUCUCCAAGGGUCAGAAGCAGUAUAAGCACCCACCAGCAGAGUCCGCACUCUGUGUAUUUGUUGUGAAAUUUAUUAACCGUCAGAUAAAGGAAAGACUGCAGUCCUGUUACCGUGGUGAAGGGAAUCUGGAGCUGAACUGGUUGCUGGGAAAGGAUGUCCACUGCACCCAUGCGCCGGUCCCAAUCGAUGAUGAUUUUUGUGGAUUGGAUAUAAACCAGCCCCUUGGGGGCUCUGCACUUGUGGAAGGCAUCACAGUUUUCACGGAAGAUCGAGACCGGAUGACUUCGGUGGCCUCCUACGUGUACAGCGAUCACUCCGUGGCUUUCGUAGGAACUAAAAGUGGGAAACUUAAAAAGAUUCGUGUGGAUGGUCCGAUUCAGGGAGAUUCCAACUACGAGACAGUGCAAGUCAUGGUGGAUGGGGGCGCGAUCCUCAGGGACAUGGGCUUCUCCACAGACCUGCAGUACUUGUACGUCAUGUCCGAACGGCAGCUGUCCAGGGUACCCGUGGAAUCAUGUGAACAGUAUGAAACAUGCAGCCAGUGUCUGAGCUCAGGAGACCCGCACUGUGGCUGGUGUGUGCUCCACAACAUGUGCACGAGACAGGACAAGUGUGAGCGAGCAGUGGAACCACAUCGAUUCGCCGCCAGUGUUGGACAGUGUGUGAAGCUGAGUAUCCAGCCAAGCAGCAUAUCCGUGUCCGAGCACAGUGUCCCGCUCACUCUGAAAGUCAGUGAUGUUCCAGACCUCUCUGCUGGUGUCGUCUGUGCUUUUGGUGAAUUGACUGAGGUGGACGGUCAGACGAUGGGUGAUGUGAUCAUGUGCAUUUCACCAGCUGCUAAGGAUGUCCCUCCUGUACUCAGCAACCAAGAUUGGAUUGGAGUGAGUCUCCAGCUGAAGUCCAAAGAGACAGGACAGACCUUCGCCAGCACGGAAUUCAAGUUCUUCAACUGCAGCAUUCACCAGUUGUGUCUGUCGUGUGUGACCAGUGCUUUCCAUUGCCAUUGGUGUAAAUACCGAAACCUUUGCACACAUGAUCCAAGCAUCUGCUCAUUCCAGGAAGGACGAGUCAACUCCUCUGAGGAUUGUCCACAGCUGGUGCCCUCGAACGAGAUUCUUAUCCCAGUUGGAGAAGUGAAGCCGAUCACACUGAAAGCCCAGAAUCUUCCACAGCCUCAGUCUGGGCAACGGGGGUACGAGUGUAUCCUCAGUGUGCAGGGGGUGAGCCAGCGAGUGCCAGCUCUGCGGUUCAACAGCUCCAGUGUUCAGUGUCAGAACAGCUCGUAUCACUAUGAUGCAGUGGACCUCAGUGACCUGUUGAUCGAAUUCUCAGUGGUGUGGAACGGAAACUUCAUCAUUGACAACCCAGCAAACAUCAAAGUUCACCUGUACAGGUGUGAUGCACUGAGAGAGAGCUGCGGUCUCUGCCUGAAGGCAAACCAGAAGUUUGAGUGUGGCUGGUGCCAGUCUGACCAGAGAUGUAGCCUGAGGAAACACUGCCCCACCCUCACCUCUCAGUGGCUCCACCUGGCCAGCAAAAACGUCAAGUGCACCAACCCCCGUAUUACAGAGGUGACUCCAGCGUCUGGCCCACGGGAAGGUGGGACACAGGUGACCAUUCACGGAGUGAACCUGGGCUUGGAUUUCCUGGACAUUGCUAACAGUGUCCGUGUGGCAGGAGUCCAGUGUAUCCCGCUGUUGGAUGGUUAUAUCAUCGCUGAACAAAUUGUGUGUGAAAUGGGGGAAGCGAGGCCUUUCACGGAAUCGGGUCCUGUCCAGCUGUGUGUUGGCGCGUGUAAGCCUGACUUCAUGACAGAGUCGUCACUGCAGUACACUUUUGUGAAGCCAUCUCUGCAGGAUCUGAGCCCAAGUCGAGGUCCAGAGUCUGGGGGGACAAUGGUAACAAUUACUGGCAAACAUCUUGGUGCCGGAAGCAGUGUCAAUGUGAUGUUUGGAAACCAAACCUGCGAGUUUUACAGGCGUUCUGUGUCUGAGAUUGUCUGCGUUUCUGCUCCAUCUCUGCACGGUCCUGGUGUUGUCCGCGUUUCGGUGAGUGUUGAUCGAGCACAACUGGAGGAUAGUCUGCAGUUCGAAUUUAUCGAUGAUCCAACGGUCCUGCGGAUUGAACCAGAGUGGAGCAUUGCCAGUGGCAAUACUUCCCUGAUUGUCUUUGGAACGAACUUGGAUGUAAUUCAAGAACCCAGGAUCCGGGUGAAAUACAACAGCCAGGAAUCUCUCAAUGUGUGUGAGGUGGUGAAUUCGACGACCAUGACCUGCCGAGCUCCAGCACUCACCCACGAGCAUCAGCCAGGACAGGACACCGUGGAGCGUCCCGACGAGUUUGGUUUUGUCUUUGACAAUGUGCAGGCUCUGCUGAUCUACAACAACACAAACUUUGUCUUCUACCCAAACCCAACCUUUGAAGCUCUGAGUACAACAGGCAUGCUGGAACAGAAGCCGGGCGCCCCCAUUAUACUGAAAGGCCGGCACCUGCUCCCACCUGCUGCCGGGGGGGCGAAGCUGAAUUACACCGUGCUGAUCGGGGACACACCCUGUGCUGUCACCGUUUCCGAGACGCAGUUACUUUGUGAACCUCCCAAUUUAAGUGGACAGCUUCGAGUUCUGGUACAGGUGGGUGGGUUACAGUUCUCACCAGGCACAGUCUACAUCCUUUCCGACAGCCUGCUCACGCUCCCGGCCAUCAUCAGUAUCGUGGCGGGCGGCACCCUUCUGCUGGUCAUCGUGGUCAUUGUUGUCAUUGCCUACAAGCGGAAGUCCAGGGAGAACGACCUGACCCUGAAACGGCUGCAGAUGCAGAUGGACAACCUCGAGUCCCGGGUAGCUCUGGAGUGCAAAGAAGCAUUUGCAGAACUUCAGACGGACAUUAAUGAGCUGACCAGUGACAUGGACCGCGCUGGGAUUCCGUACCUCGACUACAGGACGUAUGCCAUGAGGGUUUUGUUCCCAGGGAUUGAGGACCAUCCCGUUCUCCGGGAGCUGGAGGUCCCAGGAAAUGGGCAGCAGAACGUGGAGAAAGCUCUCAAGCUCUUCGGACAACUCAUCAACAACAAGACCUUCCUGUUGACGUUCAUUCGGACAUUGGAGUUACAGAGGAGCUUCUCAAUGAGGGACCGUGGGAACGUGGCCUCCCUGAUCAUGACUGCACUGCAAGGCAAGCUAGAGUAUGCCACGGACGUGCUGAAACAUCUGCUGUCCGACCUCAUCGAGAAAAACCUCGAGAGCAAGAACCACCCCAAACUGUUGCUUCGCAGGACUGAAUCUGUGGCUGAGAAAAUGUUGACAAACUGGUUUGCGUUCCUUCUGCAUAAAUUCCUGAAGGAGUGUGCAGGCGAGCCACUCUUCAUGUUGUACUGUGCGAUUAAGCAACAGAUGGAGAAAGGUCCAAUUGACGCAAUCACAGGCGAGGCUCGCUACUCACUGAGUGAAGAUAAAUUAAUCCGACAACAGACAGAAUACAAGACGCUGAUUCUGAACUGUGUGAAUCCGGAGAAUGAGAACAGCCCAGAGAUUCCAGUAAAGGUCCUGAACUGUGACACUAUCACCCAGGUCAAAGAGAAAAUCCUGGACUCAAGUUACAAAAACGUCCCAUAUUCACAGAGGCCAAGAGCCAUUGAUAUGGACCUAGAGUGGCGUCAAGGAAGGAUGGCACGCAUUGUUCUGCAGGAUGAAGAUAUCACCACCAAGAUAGAGAGCGACUGGAAACGCUUGAACACGUUGGUGCACUAUCAGGUGUCUGAUCGAUCAGUUGUUGCUCUGGUUCCUAAGCAGACCUCUUCUUACAACGUUCCAACCACAACCACGAUGUGCCGGACAUCCAUUAGCCGCUACGACUCCACCUUACGGUACACAGGGAGCCCUGACAGUCUGCGUUCCCGGGCUCCAAUGAUCACUCCGGAUUUGGAGAGUGGUGUUAAAGUGUGGCACCUAGUAAAGAACCAUGACCAUGGAGAUCAGAAGGAGGGGGAUCGUGGCAGCAAGAUGGUCUCUGAGAUCUACCUGACAAGACUGCUGGCAACCAAGGGCACGCUGCAGAAGUUUGUGGAUGACCUGUUUGAGACGCUGUUCAGCACUGUCCAUCGUGGCAGUGCCCUCCCGCUCGCCAUCAAGUACAUGUUUGACUUCCUGGACGAGCAGGCUGACAGGCAUGUCAUCCAUGACACAGAUGUUCGGCACACCUGGAAGAGCAACUGUCUACCUUUACGGUUUUGGGUCAACGUGAUUAAGAACCCGCAGUUUGUGUUCGACAUUCACAAGAGCAGUAUCACGGACGCCUGCCUCUCUGUGGUGGCCCAGACCUUCAUGGACUCCUGCUCCACCUCUGAGCAUCGACUUGGCAAGGACUCCCCGUCUAACAAGUUGCUGUAUGCCAAGGAUAUCCCCAACUACAAGAGCUGGGUUGAAAGGUACUAUGCUGAUAUCACCAAAAUGCCUGCAAUCAGUGAUCAGGAUAUGAAUGCCUACCUGGCCGAGCAGUCUCGUCUGCACGUCAGUGAAUUUAACAUGCUGAGUGCACUGAACGAAAUCUACUCCUACGUCACCAAAUACAGUGAAGAGAUAACUGCUGCCCUGGAACAAGACGAACAAGCCCGGAGACAGCGACUCUCGUACAAAGUGGAGCAGCUGAUCGCCGCCAUGUCCCUAGAGAGUUGAGCACUGUGUCUUCAGGACCUAGAAUCGACAGUGAGCGCUGGAGAAAGGGAAGCUGUGAGAUGGCAAGAACCAAGCAUGGACCUGUGGUCAUCCCAUGGCCAAUCCUUGCCCAGUGGCUGAGAUGGCUGUUUCAGUUUGAAAGGGGCUGGGUGCCUCUGUUUUCUGUUUCUUUGAAUACAGCUGUGUUCACAAUACUACCUUUAGUUGACUUGCAGUUGGGAUUCUGAUAAGCUUGAUAAAAUGGUUUACCUUUCCCAAAGGUAACUUUGGAAGUACAGCUAAUUGUUCUUCGUUUACUGAUCAUUGGACCAGGACUUGGUGCUAAUGACCAAUGUGGGCAGUUUCUGUGGCUGGGAUGGGAACCGCGCGGUGAACUCGGCACAGUGCCGUAGACGUUACCUCCCUGCUGCUGCGAGAACACCUCUCACCGGCACCACAAUCACGCACAACUGGCCAAAGCCUCUUCCACCAAGGAGACAGGCUGGUGGCACCAUGCUCCCAGUGAAGUUCGACUAAAGAACAGGGGACUUCACAAACAGAAGUGUGGGAACUUUUGGCUGCAGCCUUUGCCUUUCUUUGGUCAAUGCCAACCCUGCUUCACCACAACCUCUAUCAUUCCGAUACAGAACAUUUCUGCACACGUGAAGACAAAGUCAUCUGUGCAUUGGCAUUGUCUGUUUUUUAAUGUUACUUCUGCAUUCAUUCUGCAGAUGAAAAUUCCAUCAUUGCUGCUAUAUCACUGAACUAUUCUGUGUGAUAACACUAGUCAGUGUGCAACCUGAGGUUUGUGCUGCACAUUGUGGCUUCAACCUUGAAUGUAAUUCUGUGGCACAGUGGGAAACGUUAUACUGGGAAUCCAUCAAUGCCAGUGUCGAUGAUCCUGUCAAUCCCAAUCCUGUCUUUCACUGAUCCCUACUGCAGUGCAUAACUGCCCCUUUCUGUGGUAUCCUCAUCCCCUGACUGUCCUUCCCGACUGUUGUGUUUCCUCAGGGAGGGGAACCUGAUGACAAACACUGCCUGAGCAGGAUGUCUUCCCUUUCAUCAAAUCCGGUCACUGGGAAGGAUGGGACUGAUCAGCUCAGUAUCCCAGGCAGGGGAUCACAGAAGGGUGUGUCAGCUAAAGGUGGAAUUGGCUGGACCUGCCCCAAUAAAUCUCAGUGGGCUUCCCUCGGCAGCGACUGAGGACGGCACCACGCUGGAGCUCCCGGGACCCACUGCCGCAUCCUCACCCCAAACGGGAGCAGCUCGAUUUGCCAAGAACCAGAUCGGUUUGCAGUGUUGAUUUGCAUCACCAGCAAUGACAUUAGAAUGGUGUCUGUACUGGGAAUAAUUUGUGUUUGGGCUCUGAUGUUCCUCAAGUUAUUGAGAGGGUUCAGGUUCUCAUUGCUCCGACGUGUUUCCCUCUCUCGGUGUCAUUGCGGCAGGUUUGUGGGAACCUGACCAGGCGAGACUUGGGCACCUCCAGUGUUGGUGGCUGAGCCGGCCUUUGGUGCGCUGGGAGCCAGCAGGUAGGAAGCAGAACAAGGGAAGAUGCUCCGAGGUGAGGUGUUUGCUCCCCACAGUGUGUGGAAGUUACCAGCUGAACGUUGGUGGCACAGACCGAGGUUACUCAGAGGGAGGCACAGACUGCCAGCGCACAAGGCAAGGCGAGGGUUAGAAGAGGUGCAGUGCCAAAGAUUUUAUGUUACUGUCUCCUGUCAUACAACGGCAACAGCAGAAUCUGUGAAAAUCCUUCCGAACUACUUCACCUUCCCCCCCUUCCACAUUGAGAAACCAAAGGUGUUCGAAGUGCAUGACCUGGCUCCACACAACCUGUAGAAAUGUAAAUAUUGUCCAUACCUCUGAGUGAGAAGGGAAACCCAGAACUACUUUUUAUUGCUGUUGUGCUUGGUUCUCUAGUAAUUCAGUUCCUGUACAAAGAUGUGGGUGGUGUUAUUUGCACAUUUGUGAGAAGCUGUCUAUUGUGUUUGACAUAGUUUCACCUAAUGUUUCUGAAUCAGUGGCUGCGAAUGGGUAUUGAAACUGGAAGAGAGGAGCAAAUGGAGUGUCAAUCUGUGUACGGGCAGAGUGAGUGGAUGGCUUGGAGCCAGAUGUUGGCUGGAUGGCAUAGAACCAGAUAUGAAUGGAAUGCACGCAGUACCAGAUGUUGACCGGAUAGCACAGUACCGGAUGUUUUGAUGGUACUGUACCAGAUGUUGAAUGAAUGGCACGUGGUGCCAGAUGUUGUGCAACAUUUUUGUUUGGAAAGUAGUUUUGUGAGUUGUUCCUCUGCAUGCUGUUAGUCAGAACCUGAACUAAUCCGUUACUCCGAGCAGGGUUGCUAUAAGUUAGGCUGAGCAGUCUUAUUGUAAAAUGAUAAGGACACACAGGUGACACUCCUUCAUAUGUUGUUCUAUGCUUCAGGUUAUUGUUUACCUCUCGGGAAACAUCUCUGUUUAAAGCUGUAGAUGUAUGGCUGUACGUGCUCAGUGUGCGUGCGUGGCUGUACGCGCUCAGUGUGUGUGCGGGGCUGUAUGUGUGCGUGUAUGCACGGCUGUACGCACACAGUAUGCGCGCGGCUGUACUCCACGUUUCCAAUUAAACGCUGAAAUGUUUAAUCACAACUGUCACUUAAGCAGCAAGACCUGAGCUUGCAAUUCCAAACAGUUGAGCUGCUUCACCCAGCACUGAAUGAGCCUCGUGUGUCCAUGAUUGUCAUCAGUUCAACUUAAUCACAUUGAUUCCAAAUCACUCAUCACAAAUUGGUUAUUCAUGUUUUUUAAACAUCUGGUAGAAUUCCUAUGACAACAUUUAAAAUCCUUCAGGAUAUUCACUAAUGAACAGUUGCUCAGGCAUCCAGUAAUUGUUGGUUUGGAAUGUAAGAAAUCAACAUUCAGAUAAUCGGAGAAAGAGCGUUACAGGAAUGCUGGGAAGCUGUAACAGGGCAAACUGUACAAUUUAUUCAAUAGUUAUUCAUCAGUGACUAGAUCACCAGAACAAAUGUUUGCAGAACAAUUCAACCAUAAACCAUCCAGAGAGACAUUGAUUUAACAUUUUUCAUUGGACUGGCAAGGUAAAGAUGAUGCAGUGAAGUCACCUCAGAGUAAUGAAAUUUGAUCUGCUCAAGUUGACCAUCUGAACUACACCAUAGAGUGGUGGAGCGCGGAAACAGGCCUGUUGGCACAACCCAUCCAUGCCGACCAAGGUCCCAUUUACCUGUGUUUUGUCCAUGUCCCUCUAAACCUUUCCUAUCCAAGAACACCAAUCUUUAUCCCUUUCUUGGUAUUUGGACCACAAAGACAAAAUCCGUUCUGUUCAUAAUUAUCCCAUUACAGAGGCAAUAUAAAGCUGCCAUCCAGUUAUUGUCACCAAUUUAAACAGUGCUUUAUCCUGUCAGUGUUCUGUAGAAACCCUGUUCUGUUCACCGGAUCCCUCAUCUUUCACCCCAGACCAUCUCUGGCCCUCUGGCUAUUGUGCAGUGAAAACUGGAGCUCUGCAAUGUGAAGGGAAUGUUCCAGGUCAGUUUGAAGAACACUGUUGGGGUGAGGAUGAUCCACUAAACUAUUUAAAAAUCGUGGAGACACAGGAGACAGCAGAUGCUGGAAUCUGGAGCAACAGACGAUCUGCUGGAGGAACUCAGCAGGUCAAGCAGCAUCUGUGGGGGGAGAGGAAUUGUCGAGGAUUCAGGCCGAAACCUUGCAGCAAAACAGUCCCGAUGCAGGGUUUCAACCUGAAAUGUCACCAAUUCCGUUCCUCCCACAGAUCCUGCUCGACCCGCUGAGUUCCUCCAGCAGAGUGUUUGUUGCUCAGUUUAAAAACCGUUCCUAUUUGUUAUAUUGUGUACCUAUUGUAUAUAUGAAUCGCUCCUAUUUUGCAAGCCAGAAUCACUUUGUACUGUUGUUGUAUAUAAAUAAAAGUAACUUGAUAAAA